UUAUGGAAAUUAAUUACAGAGCUAGUGUAAUAUAUUAUAUAGCUUUUAAAUAUCAUUGAGGCUUAGGAACAGAGUUAUCACCGGUUCAUUAUCAUGUAAGGUCAGUGGCUCUAGUCAGUGGCAACUAGUAGUUGAUCCUGAGCGCUAUGUUCCCGUAGUUUGGCAUUGACUGACAUUGUGUCGAAAAUCACAUUCAUGAUAUAACCGGUCAGUAAUCGUACACAUUGCAUCUGUUUUUUGUGAUAGUAAGACGUAUAUCAGCUAUGUAUACUGGACAUGCUAAUUUAAUUUCCGGUGUUAUUAUGUUGUUGUGUUUUAAUAGUGUUUGUGACGUACGCGGUAUAAACAAUGCCUUUGUACAAGAUGUUAGUGAUACUAAUUCGGAAAUUUAUUUGGAUUCACUACAAUUAAUAUCGAAAUAUGGAUACCCUUCGAAAAAUUACACAGUGGUAACGGAAGAUGGAUACAAAUUGAAUUUGAUCCGCAUACCAGGACUUGGACCGCCGGUGUUACUUGUGCACGGUAUUGGAGACAGUUCUGAUUCAUGGCUAGUGUUGGGCCCCAGCGAAUCGUUGGCUUACCAAUUGUUCGAUCAAAAUUAUGAUGUUUGGAUAUACAAUGCCAGAGGAAAUAAAUAUAGCAAAGGGCAUGUUCAAAACAUUUCUAAUAAACAAUAUUGGAACUUUAGCUAUGAAGAGAUGGGAUCUCAAGAUUUACCCGCUGUUAUCGAUUUCAUACUCGCGGCGACAUUUCGCACACAGUUGUCUUAUGUUGGAUUUUCUCAAGGAACUACAGUAUAUUUUGUUUUUUGCAGUUUGAGACCGGAAUAUAAUGUAAAAAUUAAGAAUGCAAUUUUAUUAGCGCCGAUAACGACAAUAAAAGGAGCACAGCAUCCAUUAAUCGAGAUAUUUACUCAGAAUUUGGAUUUUGUUUCAAAGUUUUUUGAUAGUAUAGGUGUUUAUGAUGUCUUUGCUGAUAAUAGUUUAGUUAAUUUAUAUCAUGCGAAAGUAUGCCGUGAUGGUGUCCCAGAGAGAUUUUUCUGUGAAUUAGAAUACCUAUUUAAUUUUGGUGUAGAUAAUCCUAAGCUGCAUGUUCUAGCAAGUCAUAUGCCAUCCGGAGUUUCGACGAAAACUUUCAUACAUUAUUUUCAAAGUUACGUUACCAAAAAAUUUCUUAGAUUCGAUUAUGGGACUAAAAUGAACUUAUUUAUGUAUGAUUCUCCACAACCUCCGAAAUAUAAUUUGGAAUUAGUCAAGACGCCUGUUUAUUUAUUUGUUAGCGGCGCAGAUUGGUUUAGUAGAGUUGAUAAUGCGUAUGAAAUAUUGAAGGAACUGCCUAAUGUCGUAGGUUACAGUGUUUUUAACAAAUCGUUAAAUUUUACACAUUUGGAGUUCGUUUAUGGGACGCGGGUAAAAACUUUAGUCAACGAUCCAAUUAUUCGGUUUUUAAAUAAUUCUUAGUGCUAUAGUUUGCUAAGUAUUAAGGAAUUUGUUUUCAGAUUGCUGUUAUUAUUAAAAAGUAUGCGUUUAAGAUAUCAUUAAAAAAGGUACUUUAUUUAAUGCGCAGGCAAACAUAGUUGCACUUAUGAUACGUCAAAAGUCAAAACAAGUUAUAAAUUACCUUUAAAAAAAUAUACUUUAUACUAGAUAAUAUAAUAAGACAUUAAAUUAGUGGUAAAAUAAUAAAAAAAGGUAAAUCAAAGAAGUCAGCUCGAACUGGCAUGUAAGGGGAAAUAAAAACUUAAGUAAUGCGUUCUGAUCCAUACUGAUGACAACGAUAUGGACCCUAGCCUUGCUAACCUACCAACCCUUCAGUUGUUACUUAAGUGAUGACUACCCGAAGAAGAUAGGUAGAAAAAAACUCCGGGCUUACUUUUUUGGUCCUUUUUAUUUCAUUUAAAAUCAGUAAGUAGGUACCUCAUUAUUUAUUAAGGUAUUAAGCAACUCGUAGUCAAUUUAUAUUAGCAUCUUGUAUCCUAGUUUUAGUUAUGAAAAUUAGCUGAAUCUCGUCCGCGAUAAUGCAGCUAAACUGUCCAUCUAAGUCAGGGCGUAAAUAUUUCAUGAGGAGAGCAGGCCCGAGGCUAUGCUUUCAGCCGAACGGUUUAAUUUGGCUUCGAUCGACUAUGCAUGCAGCCUAUAUUGAGCGGGUCAUUAAGUGUAAAACUACAAUAAUAUGAAAUAUUUCUCUGUGAUAAUUUUUUAUACUUAUAGCAUAAUUUGGCAAAUAAUUAUUACUUAUGCAAAAUUAUUCAGUUUCUGUUUCUUUUAAUAUCAAUACGCCGAAAACCGACAUACUUCAUAAUUUUUUAUGAUGAAUUUUGGACGUUUCUAUAAUAUUUUUGACAUUGCUAUUGCUCUCAGAACAAGAAUAAGCAAUUGCUUUUUGUCAUAAAAUAUUCAGUUGACUAUUAAAUAAAACUGUCAAAAAAACGUAGAAAUUAUGGGUUAAUUAAACAAAACCAUUUUGAAAAAACUGUUAAGUAGACAUAAGUAUUUCUCUAGCAUGUCGGUUAAGACCGACAAAUGAGCAAAAAUUCUAUAAAUAGACUGUUUACGCAAACACAGACGUUGCGUAUUUGUAUAUCUUUCAUCAAGGAUUCAAAGUAAGCUGUUUAAAUUUAAAUAAAAGGUCCGAAGCGGCUUUAAAACACAAUAAAAAUACGUGUGUGUACUUAUGUUAUGUAGGUACGACGUAAGAAAU